AUGUCCAAAGUUUCUAAGAAUACAAACCCCAUAGUGGUAAUGAAACUGGUUAUGAAGGAGCCAUCAGAGAAUCGUAAAAGCAGGCAACUCUUUCCAACACCUGAAUUUAGAUCGAGGCUAGAAUUUGAUUCUAUAGCCUUAAGACAAAUCGCCCCUCACUGGUGCUUGAAGAAAUUAUUUGAAUACUGGAUGAAUUUUCUGAUGCAAAAGUUGGAUUCAAAGUGGUGGGAUUGGUUCUACUUUACUGAAAAGUUUCAAAACCUAAACAUAAGGGGGGAUGAGAAAGCUGCUACAAGAGCUGAUAAUAAAACCGACAACAUAAAACAUAAGUUCGAACGUCUAAAACAAGAAGUUGAGUCAACAAUUACAACGGCGAAGUCUCCGCAUCCCUUGAAAGAAGAAGUCUUGCCUGCCAACGAAAUCAUCCAACUCAUCCGAGGCAUCGAGGGCCUGUCCAUCUUUAGAGGACAACCACUUGCAGAUUUUCCAAGCAUCGAGGCCACACACAAAUCAACUAAUGAGAUACUGGAGGAGGUUUUGGAUAUGUUGAAAAAGUUUGUAGAUUCAGAAAAUUAUGCAAUCGAAGUGCCAUCAAGAGGCAAACAAAAUCAGGAGUUCGACGAAGAAAGUGAAUCUAUGAAGCUCAUGCCUACCAGUACUUUUUUACGUAAACUGACAGACAAACCCAACGAUAUAUUUACAGUGACUAUUUCUGUUCUCUUAGAAAUAUUUAAGUUGUGCAACGCAAACAUACAUGCAAACAUAAGAGAUAUUUAUUAUACCAAUACGACACUAUACAAAAAUCAGCAAAGAAUUAGCUCUGUUAUUGAUGACUUAUGUUGCAUACUUCGUUGUCAUCGUUACUGUCUACACUUGUUCGCUACUGACAAAGGAGUCGUUUUGGGUAACAUGAAGUACAUAUAUAAUGGCAAGGAAGUUGAUUGUUCGAGUGACGAGUUUGGACAACCGAUCCCGGCAAGGACCGACUUGCUUACUAGUAUGAGCACUGACGACGAGGAUUUGGCAUUCAUCAUAGUAGUGGAGAAACACAGCGUGUUUAUGCGGUUGGCUCAAGAUUUAUUUUGGAAGAAAUUUAAAUGUAUCAUGAUCACCGCCAGUGGAAUGCAAGAUGUGGGCUCUAGGUAUUUUCUAAGAAUGGCAGAGACGACGUUCAAGAGACCCGUGUAUGCUCUUUUUGAUUCAAAUCCAUAUGGGGCUAGAAUUCUAUGUACUUAUCGUUAUGGGUCAGACAACAUGUCAUAUGAUAGUAAGAGUUUGGCCACCUGA